AUGUCUGUGGUAUAUACGGCAAAAGAGUGCCUCGAGCACCCAACGGUGGAUCAGCGCAACAGCCACCUACAUGCUUUACCAAGACUAUACUCACCGGUUUACUCGCCUGUUCGCAUCCCAUCAGACACUCAGAGUUCUACAACUCAGACUGGGAAUUACAGUAUCUCUCUGGAGAAGCCCUCAAUCCAUGGAUCCCCAAGUGCCAACUUAGCCGUUCCCAAACUGGGCAGACUCGGCAUCUGCGCGAUGGAUGAAAAGGUUCUCAGCAAGGCGAACCAAGAGAUAUUCCGCCGCUUACAAGGAAAUGGAGAUCUCGAGAUUGUAUACUUUGGCGACCAGACUUUAGUUCAAAGGCCUCUGCACAAACCUUUUGUUGAGAAGCCUGCAAGUGCAGAAGACCACAACGUUUAUAUCUACUUCCCUAGCACUGCUCAAAGUGACGGAGGAGGGAGAAGGCUGUUCCGAAAGGUUGGCAACAAAUGCUCAGAGUAUGACCCUUCCUUGGUCACGCCUCGAUGCAUCAUGGAGCAGGACAAUAGCUAUGUAUACGAGCCACUUUUGAAUGCCGACGGCGGUGAAGACGUCAAGGCCUACGCAGUGGGCCGUACCUAUUGCCUUGCUGUCACGCGUAAAUCUCCCGUUCUUUCUGAUGUUGUUGUGCGAGAAGCCGAUGGCAGAGAAAAAAGACAAGCUACGACUCUCUCCAGGGAGGAAACAGAAGCUGCGACUAAAAUUGCGCUCACAUUUGGUCAGGCAGUCUGCGGAUUCGAUAUCGUCAGGAACAAAGGAAAGAGCUAUGUCAUCGAUGUCAAUGGCUGGACGUCGGUCAAGAAUCAGCCUGCUUUCUAUGAUCGUUGUGCCUGUAUUCUUCGACAGAUGCUUACCUCUCGGUUAGAGAGUAGCAACAGAAAUGCAGCGUCGACGAAUGGAGAUUAG